AUGGGAUCCUUCCUGUUGUCGUCUUCAUUUGACGCUGAUGUUGAAAAGGCAACAAGUGGUACUAGUACAACUGAAGAUUGGGCUUUAAUAAUGGAAAUAUGUGAUAAAGUGGGAGCCUCGUCGGUUAAUUCCAAAGAUUGUUUUAAAUCGAUAAUAAAAAGACUUUAUAACCAAGACCCACAUGUUGUACUCCAGGCCAUUACACUUUUUGAUGCAUGCGUUAACAAUUGUGGAAAGAAUUUUCUACUCGAAGUGGCUUCACGACAUUUUGAACAGGAAUACCGCAAAUUAUUAGCUAAAAAUUUACCUCAAAAAGUGGCAGAUAGAUUAAAAUUAUUAUUAAAAAAAUGGGCAGAAAAUGAAUUCAAAAAUGAUCCACAGUUGAAUCUUAUACCAUCUUUAUAUACUAAAUUAAAACUAGAAGGUGUAGACUUUUCAUUGUCUUCAGAUGUAAACAAUUCAAAAAGUGCUAAAUCGAAAGAUUUGGUAUCAUUGCAAGAAGUAGAUGAUAUAGCUAAAGCUAUUGAACUUAGUUUACUAGAAAAUGAACGUUCUGCACAGAAAAAACCUACAGGUGAAACAGAUCGGAGAGCAUAUUUAAAAAAGGUAAAAGCUCUGUAUGAUUUUGAGGCAGCCGAGGACAAUGAACUGUCGUUUUCCGCUGGAGACAUAAUUUACGUUCUUGAUUCAUCUGAUCCUAAUUGGUGGAAAGGAUUUACUGACAAACAUCCUGAAGGUCUUUUUCCAGCCAAUUUUGUAACCACAGAUUUAUCAAAUCCAAAGGACAUGGCUGAGGAAGUCAAUACAAAGAAAUCAAAAGUCAAGCAUUCUGCUGAAGAUUAUAAGUCUGUUGAAAUUGAUGAGAAUAAAAUUGAUUGUUUGCUUCAGCUAUUACGCGAAGCAAACCCAGAAGAUGACAGUACAGAUUCUGAAGAAAUGUCCAUACUGGAAGCACAAGCAAACGCCAUGGGGCCAAUGAUAGAAGCACAACUUGAACAGCUUGACAAAAAACAUUCCCAACUCACACAAUUGUGUACAGAACUCUUAGAAGCUGUAAAAUUGUAUAAUAUAUUUAUGAAAGACCCAGUGGCAGGCUAUGCACCCAAACCACAAACUGAACCUAUACAACCUCCUACAAUGUCACCACAGCAUAUGAUGCACCCACAGCACAUGCAAAUGUAUAAUGGUAUGAUGGCCAACUAUGCACCCCUGCCAGUUGAACAUUAUAUGCCUGGAUCACAGUAUCCAGUUAAUCCCACUCACAUGAUGUCCAGACCAAACAUUGGAGGUCAGAUGCAUGAACAGCCAUCAUAUCAAAUGCCCAACAUGCAGAACAUUCCCAAUUACAAUCAAGUGUAUGGUCCAGGUCAUAGUGUACCAUCCGAAUCUUUACCACAAGUCAUGAAUUAUGUACCCCAACCCCAACCACCUUCACAACAGUAA